UCUAUGAGGGAGACGUGACUCAUGAAGUAAAUACCAGAGAACUUGUCCAUACUCGUCCCAGUCUACCUUUCCACGCCCUGCUGCUAAUUACUCCUCUGCUAAGCCCCCAGGUACGAUGGAGGUGCAGGUGAACACAGCCCCUUUGGUCAAUGUGCGAGUCACCAGCAAUGUUAACAACUUCACUGCUGAGAAGAGAUUUGAUAGAGCUCUGACUAUUGGUGACCUCAAGGGUCGUCUGGAGCUGGUGACGGGAGGCUCGGCAGAGAACAUGACCCUGGAGGUUUUUGAUGAGCAGGAGCGCCCCGUGUGUAGCCUGGUGGGCGACGAGGCUCUCCUGGGGUCCUUCUACGUCGAGGAGAACUACCGGAUUCAUGUGACAGACAAAACCAGGAAGCUUGGAGAGUUUGACGACACUUCCAACGUCGAAAAAUAUGAAUUGCCUGAAGACGAAUACAACAAACGUAAUGACAGCGUUCGUUCGUUCCUCCUGAAGAACAAGUUAGGGAAAUACAAUGAAGAGGAGAUGAAGAAGAGAGAAGAGGAGAAGGAGAAACAAGAGAAGGAGGAGGAGGAGAAAGCAAAGACCAUCAGUGUCGGGAGUCGCUGUGAGGUCCGGGUCCAGGGCGAACCAACGCGACGAGGGGAGGUGAUGUUUGUCGGCAAAGUUCACUUCAAACCCGGGACAUGGGUUGGCGUUCGUUAUGAUGAGCCUCUCGGAAAGAAUAAUGGAAGCAUUGGAGGCAAGCGAUAUUUUGAGUGCGCUCCCAAAUAUGGCGGGUUCACUCGACCUGCUUGUUGUGAAGUUGGUGAUUUCCUUCCAUAUGACGAGGAAGAGGAAGACGAGAUUUGAGGAGGAGGAGGAGGAGGAGGAAGAGGAAGACAAGAUGUGAGGAGGAGGAGGAGGAGGAGGUUGGUAAGUUUGUGAAAGAGGAGGAAGAAGAGGA